CUCAGCCAGACAGGACAAAGAUUUGGGUUAAGCUAUACAGUACAUUUUAAAGAUAAAUGCAUUUAAUGAAUGAAUGAGUUAUUCUUGUUUGCUAUGAUCAGUCUUUAAAAUAGCACCGCCUUAAUUUUUUUUAUAUAUUAUUGAACCUAUUUCCCUUUAUAAGUUUGUUAUAAAAAAAAGUAACAUUCAGUGUGCUUUAUGCUUUUUUAUAAAUGGGUGCAAAUAACAUACACUCCUCUAUAAGAUAACUGUAGAAAAAAUAAUAUUAUGAAUAUUGCGCUUUUUUAAGAUGAUGAAGUACAGAAGCAGAGACUUGUGUCCAGAAAUAAUUCUCAACGUAGAAUUAAAUUAUCUCUCAUUGCACACAGUCUUUAAAUGUCUUGUACAUUAUACUGAUUUCCAUGUGUUGUAACUAAAGGCAGAUACUGUAAAUACAAGCAGGAUAAAUGCAUAUUUACCCUGCAGCAUCUUUAGUCUUCCUUCGUUCAACGUUAUUCUCACUAGAAGUGAAAAAUUGAUUUAACAAUGGGUAAGUUUCACAAAAAUGCUCUCUGUGUAUUCACACUGCUCCAGGGCAGUGAACUGUUUUGCAGAGUAAACUUUAGAGUGGGCAGAAAUGAGCUUCAUACCUGAUCCGGUCAGUUAGAAAUACCAAGGGUUCACUCAAAACAAGGUGCGUCAGCAUUUAGUUAUUAUGCCACCUCUAGCUGGAAUCAGCUUCCAGAAGAGAUCAGAUGUGCUUCAACAGUAAACACUUUUAAAUCUAGAUUAAAAACACAUCUGUUUAACUCUGCAUUUACUGAAUGAGCACUGUGCUGCUUCACACUGACUGCACUUUGAAGGGAUGGUUCACUUUGGAAUGGGGGUUCUGUCAUCGUUUUCUCGUCCUCGUUUUGUUUUGGACCUGUGUGGGUUUCUUUUUUCUGGUGGGCACGGGGGAGGAUAUUUUGGGAGGUGGUGGUGUGACUUCCAUGGUAGGAAUAAUAAAUAAAAAAAUAUAUGAUGGAACUUCUUACCAUCUUUAACAAAAUAUUUUCUUAGUCAUUUAUCCAAAUACUUACAAAAUAUUUUCUCUUCCCUGCUAUGGAGGUCUAUGGUCGCUUGCUGCUGUGUGUUUGCCGUCAUUUCUCGGGCUGUCCUCUUUUGUGUUCGUCGGAGGAGGGGGAUGCGUGCGGGUUUGGAGCAGCGUGGGGAUGGGUGGGUGGUGGCGGAGUUUUUCAUUUUGAAAUGAACCAUGGGAACCAGGAAGCUAUAAAAGCAACCAGCAACGCCAGCUUUAGCUCUUUGUUCCUCAGCAAGCAUGUGUGUGUUUAUCAUGUCUAAAAAAAAGGUUUUAAGGAGUGUGCUUCCCUGUGUCCUCGUUUUAUUAUAAGUGAGGACUUGCAUCUUUUAUGUGUUAUGUGCCUCGGGCACGGUCAUCUCUUAAGAGGGGUGGUUGUGCACAUUAUGAACGGAUGCUGCUCCGCACGUUUCGCUUACGGCUGGCACUCUUUGAGGAUGGUGCUGAGCUGCGUGUUCCUCAGGGUUCAGGUCCCGCUGCUGCUGAGGCAGAGCGGAAGCUGCGAUCAUGGGGAUCACAGCUAGAUCUUGCGGAGGGGCUUGAGACGAGUCUUCCCCUUUCUCAGCCCUCACCCGCGGGAUCUAGUGCCCCUUCUCUGGUUCCGGAAGCCUGUCCUGCGGCUUCUUCCAUCCAGAGCGGGAGCCUGGUCCUGCAUUUUUCAUCAUCUGAGGAAGUCGAUAUUAUGUCUGUGGAUGUGGUGGACGCUGAGGAGCCUUCUCAUUCGUCCCCCGCAUUUGAUGGCUUAUUGGAGGUUGUUACUAACUCUCGCUUGAAAUUAGACUGGCCGAUGAAGACACAGAGCACGCGUCCCCAGAGCAUGUUAGACGAGCGUUUUCUAAAACAAAAACCUCUACCUUCACGGCAGAACAUGCCUUUCUUUUCUGAUCUCAACAGUGAGCUGUCGAUGUCCUGGAAAGCUCCAUAUUCGGCCCGUGUUCAUAUCCCUCACGCCACCAUGUAUUCCAACAUUGUGGGGAUGGGUGAGCAUGGAUAUUUAACGAUGCCCUGGGUGGAGCAGACGCUCGCGAGCUAUCUCUCCCCCGCCGCGGCAUCAUCUUUGAAGUCGCCUUCCCUCCCCACUAAACCGGUUAGAUUGACAUCGUCUUUAGUGGGCAAAGCCUAUACAUUUGCGGGGCAGGCUGGGGCUUUUCUGCAUACUCUAGCUGUCCUGCAGGCGUACCAAGCAGAAAUUCUUAAAGAUUUAGAUGACGAGGCGGGGGGUACGUCAGAUAUAUUUAAAGAGCUUUGUCGAGUCACUGAUGUGUCACUCAGGGCGAUUAAAGAGACUGCGAGAGCCGUGGGUAGAUCGAUGGGAGCUCUCGUAAUGGAACGUCACUUAUGGCUUAACCAAUCCGAGCUUAGAACCUCGGACAGAUCUUUUCUCUUAGAUGCGCCCGUUGCUACAUACUACAGACUACAAAGGCAGCAGAACUGAAUUCUGUUUCAAAUGUAAACAGAGAGUGUUGUGAUAACUAAUCGCAUAUUGGAAAACUGCAAUACUCAUUUUUCGAUAAAAUGCCAUCAAAAUGUGAAUAAAGUGAAAAUAAUACUUUAUUUACACUAAAUUUGUGCUCCUGGUGCUUUCUUGGCCACCAUUUUAUUUUUUCAAACUGGUCUAGGCACACACACGCAUAGAAUUGUGGGACAAGACGAUGGAGGUAUCUCAGGAGACAGGAAGUAACCAAACAUUGGAUUUGGAGGUGCCUUGAUGCCUUCUUGCCUUGGAAUGCUACCUUAGGAGGCAGGAUUUUAGAGCUUUCGGACACAGAGUAGGUUAGGAGCAGAUGCUACCAUCUAUACAUUCUUUGAGAUAGUGUAGUUUGAUAAGGCAUCUCUGAUGUUAAAGACCUUUGUUUUAUUUUAUUUUGUAGGUAGAUUAGAGGGAUUCUACGUAUAGUUAGUAUUUGUUUUAUUUUGUUCUUUUGUUUGGCGCCGCUCGCGUUCCUUCUUUAUUUGUGUGUGUGUGUGUGUGUGUGUGUGUGUGUGUGUGUGUGUGUGUGUGUGUGUGUACUUGUUUUUCUUACUUUGUUGGGCCCAGUGACCGGGAGCACACCAACGGUAUGGGGUCCGAUUACCUAGUGGGGCCCAAAAAUGUGGGCCCCACACAGAUUUUAAUGUUAACUGCCUCAGAAGCCUCUCCUGACAUGUCUCAUGCUUUUUUUUAACUUUCCCCACAAGGUGACAAAUGUUGGUUAUGUAUGUGUAAGUGUGUGUGCUCUCUAGCGCCCCUAUGUGAAAAUGUGGUGUUGCAGGACUCACACACACCAGGAAGUGGGGUAUCGUCUUAUGCCAGUCACAUGACCAAUCAUGAUGGUGUUACAGUUUUUUAUUCCGUAAUGUGCAUUUUUAAAGCACAUGGAACCCUUGGGGCAUUUGUUUUCAUUAUGGAUUAUACAUUAUGGCGCAUUUUAAACCGGAAGUUUAGCGUGGAUCAUGAGAUUGAAUGGGAGGAGCACAUGUAAACAGGGCCAUAAUGUUCAGAAGGAGUAAGGUGAUAAGACCUAUUGAUGAAGCAAAAUCAUGUAUACUCUACGCAAGUGCCAAGCCGGGAUCUGUGGAACGUUUCAUUGAUGACAAAGGGUAUGCAUACAGAGCACGAGGGUCCGCUGUAGACGCAACGCUGGGUUUUUGUAACCGCCAUCACAAAGGAGCCAAAACAGCCGGCUUCUGCAUCAGAGACUAACCUGUCCAUAACACAUCACUCAUCCAAUAAUGACACAAACGGAUGGAGAACCUGAUUUUUUUUAUCUUUUGAUUGACUUCAAUGACAGUGAAAAUUGAAGAUGAGGAUUCCAGAUUACAAUCAGACAUAAGAAGUUCCAAAGAUGAGAGCAGAAAGCAUUUUGGUAUACCUCUGACACUGAUGGAAAAGGGUACCAAAUCUUUCUUUUCCUCUUCAUGAGUGGAAUGAUGAAAGCACAGAUGAGCCUUCUACUAAAAUGGCUUCAGAAAAGCAAAGAAGUUGUUAUUAUCUUGUAAAUGAGCUACUGUCAAAAACACCUGGACAGCAGAUGAAUGUGCUGCAGUUAAAAGACACCAAAGUAAAUUCAUUGUGAAGAAUCAAGUUCCAAUAAGGUAACAUAGACUGUAAUCGCUGCAUUGAUGCAGAAGCUCAAACUUUAGGAAGUCAAAACUGGAAGCCUGUCAAUUUUUCAUAAAAUAAUCACAUUUCUGCCAAGACGAAAAGGACAAUGAACUACAGGUGAAUGCCUUCUCUCUAGCAUUCAUACAGCAUUGAUAUCAGCGGGACAUGUGUUCUAAGAGGUUCAACAAGUUUAGUCUCUUUCUUUUGAUUUGUUUUCAUUGAACAGAAUGUUCAUUUUCGGGUAAAACAAUGUUAUUGUUAUCUUUACAUGCUGAUAAAAAUGUAAAAGGUAAAAUGUGUCGAUUCUUUUAAAAUUGUAUUAUAUAGUAUUCUAUUUAUAGUAUGCCAUGUAAUCGCAAUAAGAGCUAUAGCUGCAAUCAGUGACACUGUGUCUCAAUCCACCUUUACGGAUUGCAGUCGUAUUGCAGAUAUAGCGUGUCAGAUGAGAACUGCCCCUCCUGGGUAAGCAAAGGGUUUUUUUUCUACCGAGGAGUUUUUCAACCUCUUGACCAUAGCCUGCAUGUAGGCUCGCUUUCUGGGAGACUGCUGAUAAUAGUUAAACUUAAAACUUUUGUUUAUACAUUACAGUAAAACUGCUCUCAUUAAUAUGAUUUAAUUCCUAACCCUAGUGGUUUUGUUACCCGUGUUGUUCUUACAUUUUUCUGUGAUAAUAUCUUAACCUAAGAACUUCUUUUGUAAACAGGCUAGUAUAUAGUUUGGAAUUGGACUGUUAUAUGCUACUACUGUUCUACUAAUAAUAGUAAUGAAUACCUCCAUGUACUCCAUCCUAGACCAUGUUCAUUAUACGGCCUUACAGUAGUACUAUUUAUUACAUUACUUAAUAAGAAAUUACUCUAUGUAGCUUCAAAUACUCCAUCCUAGACUUUAUAUUUAAAAACUACCAUGCUUUGUUUUUUUUCCCUUCUCUGCUUUCUUUGUGUUUAAUUCACGUGAAGCAGCUUUGGUACGAUGAACAAUUGUUAAAGCGCUAUAUAAAUAAAGUUCAAUUGAAAAUGUUUUUCAAUUUCAUAUAUUUAGAUUGCUCUUAGUUUUAUACUAAGAAAAACACAAUGUAAAACACGUUUCAUGAUUACAUUACAAAAAGUAAAAGUUUUGUAUCUACCUGUAUGUAUUUGAAAUCUAAAAUGUUGUCCAAUCUCUUUUUUAAGGUGUGUAUGGUUACCAAAAACAUGCUCACUAAAGAAAAAAUGUACUUUAUGCGUGUAUGUGUAAAAUAUAAUUUUUGGCAAGCACCAGUAAAGUAAAGCACAAGUAAAAGGUGGA